AUGUCAUCAGCCCAAUCCAGAUUAUCACAAGUUGCCAACAUCUUGAGUCCAACCAAGGCUCCAAAUUCUCGCCAAUCAUUAACUCCAGACCACCCUUUCAAAAUCGCCGUUAUUGGUUCAGGAAACUGGGGUACCACCAUUGCCAAAGUGUUGGCUGAAAAUGCCCUUUCUAGACCUCAUUUGUUUAGUCAUUACGUGAAAAUGUGGGUUUACCAAGAACAAAUCGAUGGCAAGAAUUUAACCGAUAUUAUCAAUAUUCAAAAUGUUAAUAUCAAGUAUUUACCUGGUGUCAAAUUACCUCCCAAUUUGGUUGCUGAACCAAGUUUAUUGAAAACUGUUGAAGGUGCCGAUUUGAUUGUGUUUAAUUUACCUCAUCAAUUCUUACCCAAGAUCUUGCCUCAAUUGAAAGGUCAUGUGCCACCAACAGCUAGAGCAAUUUCAUGUUUGAAAGGGUUAGAAGUCAACAAGGAAGGCUGUAAAUUACUCAGUACUUAUAUUACCGAAGAAUUGGGAAUUGUAUGUGGUGCUUUAUCGGGGGCCAACUUGGCUCCAGAAGUGGCUAGAGGUAAAUGGUCAGAAACCACCAUUGCUUACACAUUACCCCUGGACUACCGUGGUGCUGGUAAAGAUAUUGACGAAUACGUUUUGAAAGCAGCCUUCCAUAGACCUUAUUUCCACGUGAAUGUCAUUGACGACGUUGCUGGUGUUUCCGUGGCUGGUGCAUUGAAAAACAUUGUUGCUUUAGCUGUGGGGUUCGUUGAAGGUUUGGGAUGGGGUGACAAUGCCAAAGCCGCCAUCAUGAGAGUGGGAUUAUUAGAAACAAUUAAAUUUUCAGAAACCUUCUUUCCUGAAUCGAAAGCAUCUACAUUUACCGCUGAAUCAGCUGGUGUGGCUGAUUUAAUAACCACUUGUUCAGGAGGUAGAAAUGUCAAAGUUGGUCGUUAUAUGGCCCAAACUGGUGCUUCCGCAGAAGCUGCCGAAAAGAAAUUGUUGAACGGACAAAGUUCACAAGGUAUCGUUACUGCUAAAGAAGUUCAUGAAUUGUUGGAGAAUACUGAUAAAUUGGAUGAAUUUCCUCUUUUUGAAGCAACCUAUCAAAUCAUUUAUGGAUCUGAAUCAAUUGAAAACUUGCCCAACUUGUUGAACUCGGAUUAA